AUGCAGGAUGAGGGGAAGGACAGGAAGCAGGACUUCCUGCACUUCCGCCGCGCUCUGGAUGGCAUGCGAGCCAAGCAGGAGGGCACGGAGACGCAGUGCAACAGUCUGAAGUCCCAGGGUAAUCAAUUUUUCAGCUUGGGCCUCUUCAUGCAGGCGGCCAUGAUGUACAGUGAAGCCUUGGAUCUUCAGCCCGAGAACACCGUCUUGCUGAACAACAGGGCCAUGGCCUACCUGAAGCAGGGCAUGGCUGAUGAAGCGAUCGCAGAUGCCGAUCGCAGCCUCGACUUGGACCGGUCCAACGAGAACAUCAAGGCAUUCUGGCGCCGAGCGCAGGCCUUGUUGGACCUCGAACGCUACAAGGAGGCCGAGCUUGCUGCCGACGCGGGCAUCGCGGUGCAGGCCAACAACCAGCACCUCGCGCGGGUGCGGCGCAAGGCGCGGGAGGCCACGGCGCAGCGCCGGCUCUGCGGCGUGGAUUGGGUGGGACAAAUGGAGAACGGUGUGGAGAAGAAGUUUUCCUUCGCCAAGGAUGGGCAGAUGUCCAUGACGGUGAUCGGGCACUCUCUCCAGGCCACCUACGACUUGAGCGUGGAGUGUACUCCGCAGUCGAUGUUGGUCAAGAUGAAGCCAUUCCCGGGCAGUGGCAGCGCGCCACCGCCGCCCGUGCCAUACAUCUACGAAUUUCGAGAGCAGGACGAGGAGCUCUGGAUUUGUCACCCUGUUGAAAACAACGACCUCCCGACCAAGUUCGAGGGGCGUGGCUUCACACGCCUUCGCCGAGUUGAGCAGGCGCCGGAGCCCAGCAGCUCCGAGCCGCUGGAGCAGCGCCUGGCGCGGUACAUGCAGGAGUUCAAUGACAUUCUGCCGCUCAUUCCUCCGCAGCUGCCUGAGCGGCCUUCGGAGGAUGAGGUGAGUCAGGAGAUUCUGCUCAUGGACAAAGUGAACAAGCUCAAGCAGAGAUACGGCCACGAGGUGCACCAGAAAGCCAUGGAGCUGGCAAGGGGCGAGCCCGCGCCGGCCGGGGCGGGCCUGGAGAGCCUGGCAGAGGGCUUGCGGCUGCGGCUCGUGGCGCGGAAGGUGAUCCAAGACAGCCCAAAGCGCGAGGCGGCCGAAAACGAAAACGCCGUCGCCGAAGUGAAGGCCCAGGAAGUGCAGAGGAGCGGUCUGCUGGCUGCCCUUGGCCCGCUGGCGCGAAAGCUUUGCUGCCGCUGA